AUGGACGACAGGCCAACCCGCAGCGCCGUCGUUGCCUCGGCGGCAUACAGCUACCGCGCGCCCAGCCCGCCCAUCAUUAGCGUGCCAGUCAAGAACCGCGACGACCUCAAGAUCGUCCUCGAGCCCCUGCACGGCCGGGUCAACCCGAACCUGGUUUCCAGGGAGAACCUCGCUAUCAUCACUGGCAACAGGAAGCAGGUCUCGGUCGACAACACUUGGCUGUGGAGGUAUGAGCAGCGCAGGGAGGCCCAGCGCAUCCUCGACUACCUCUACCUGGGCCCUGCCAGCGUCGUCCGCGACCAUGAAUUCCUGCGCCGGGAGGGAAUUACCAUGGUUGUCGUCGCUCGUGACUCUCGGGCUCCCAUGGUCCUCGGCAGCUUGGACAGGGCAGUGGCAGCACUUGGCAUUUCCGCUUGCUACAUCGACAUCGACCUCAAUCACAUACUGGCCGCCUUUUACAAAAUCGUUUCCGUCAUCAACAACCAUCUCCUUUCCAACCAUUCUUCUAGAAUGGAGGUGAUGGACAGCUCUGAUGGACUGGGCAAGGUUCUGGUCGUUUGUGAUUCGGGCACCGAGCGCGGCCCUCCCCUCGUGGCGGCAUAUAUCAUGGCCGUUUUCGGGCAGGACCUUGUGACGGCACUUCAGUUUGUCAACAUUCAGCGCUUCUGCUGCAACUUCACCGAGGAGGCCAAGCGAGCGUUGUUGACGUGGGAAGGCUUGCUCAAGGCUGGCGCCUUCCGCGCCGCCGAUGAUAUGAUGGAGGAUGCUGAAAUGGCGGGAUAUGAUGCCCCUGCCGACAGCGAUCGCUUCGAAGGCCGCGACAUUUUCGUGCCGUUUCAGGAAGUUAACUAUUGA